GUGAAAUGGCCAUAUGAUGAGAGAUGUCCAGCACUUCCAGAUUAGGAUGACAUUAUUUUUGUAUAUUUUAUUUCCCAUCUUUUUUAAUUGAGUGCGCGAGUGUACGGCCGACUGGAUAAUGUGCUCUCGUUCUCAGUUUACAAGUCACAAUCUCUGUUAAUAAUAAAAAAAACCUUCAUUUCAUAUCGUGUUUUCUCAACUCCCAAUAUCCCGUCAAUUUCUCGUCGCCGCAGAAUGACCAACGGUGGCGGUUCGCUGAAGAAGAAGCAGCGCGUCGGCAGCAGCAGCCGUCUCUCAGCCGCCGAUGGCGGCGGCGGCGGCGAUCCAUCAGGCGCCGACGGAGCCCCAGCGGAAAGCUCCCGCAGGCCGCCCGGCCUCCGCCGCUCGUCCUCCGCUCACUCCCUCCUCCCGAUCGCCCCCUCUUUCCCCGGCGGUUUCAACGACGCGGAUACUGCCGACGUCGUCCUCCGCCUCCUCCUCGAUCAGCCGCCGGAGGUCGUCCCCGACGCCACUGCGCCGACCGAUCGGUCCGAGAUUCAGAUCCACCUCCACUCGCGCGUCCUCGGCCGGUCGAGGUACUUCGCCGCGCUUCUCUCCGAUCGAUGGCGGGGUCAGGACGGGCCGCCUUCUUCUAGCAAAUCUGAUGAAAAUGCAUCCAGUAUCCACAGGUUCAAGCUUAAUGUUCCGGCUAAUUCCGAUUCCGUAAAAUACCACUUAACAGUCUUGCAACUUCUUUACGCGGACGAUCUCUUGUCCGCCAUCGACACCGUGUCCGGCGCGCUCAAUCUGCUUCCUAUAGCACUGGAAUUGCUUUUCGAAGACUGCAUCAAAGCCUGUGUUAAAUUCCUUGAGGCAGUGCCCUGGUCUGAAGAUGAAGAAGAAAAGGUUCUAAGCCUGAUUCCAUUUCUUAGCGAUGAAGAGUCGAAGGAACUCCUUGCUAGGGUUUCUCCGGCCAGGAGUGAUUCGUCUGAGGAGAUGCUUCACGGGUUAAUACUCUCUGCAAUUCACAACCACCCAAACAUGGCCUUUGCGAAGGCAUUCGUGGCAAAACUGUUGAGGGAUUUUUCAUCCAAGGAGUCCGCCAGGAAGGUUCUGGAUAAAGCUUUUGAGAAGAGCUUGAAGGUUGUGAAGCAGUCGCUGGAGGAGUACUCUAGUCCUGAUUUCAGAGGGGAUCAUAAUGAGACAGAAGCUAUUCAGAGGCUCAAUUUGCAUACGGCCAUGACCAACGGGAAACACCUGCUAUGGUUGGUGGAGAGGAUGAUUGAGCUGAAAGUGGCGGAUACUGCUGUCAAGAUAUGGAGCGAGCAGGCCUCGUUCACGGCAGAUUUGCAGAGGGCUUUCCGUGAUGAUGCAUGGAGAAAUUUCGUGCCGAGCCUCCCUGCUGUAGUUCUUCGUUGCACAUGCAGGCUUGCCAAUGCUGUGGCCACGGGAAAUAUUUUGGCUAAUAGACAGGUUAGAAUGAAGCUCGUGAGAGAAUGGCUCCCGGUGUUGAUCAUAUGCAAAGACAGCCCUUCACCUAUGGGGCCGAACCAUAAAUCAGUCUUCCUGGAGCUCGAGCAGACAUUCUUGAACAUUAUAUCUACACUCCCUUUGCCGGAAGCUCAAGAUUUGCUUCAACAGUGCCUUAGCUUCUCAACUCGCAAUGUGGACGAUUGUCCUCACUUGGUUGCUGCCUUCACUACUUGGUUCCGUCGUGCAAACCGACCCUUUCAGUCAGAGCCCUCUCAAUGAUGAAAAAAAGAAAUCGUUGCAUCUUUUUCAUAAAAAUCCAAAAAAAAAAAAAAGUAAGAAAAAUGGAGCUGGUUCUUGAUAUUGUACAUAAAAGCCAUUCAAGCAUGGCUUAAUAAUAAACCUUCUCUAUAACUCAGAUUUCUAAGCUAUUGUGGAGUUUGUGUUUGCCGAAUGUGUGGGAUGCCUUGAGGGUACAUGCGACUAAUCUCUGUAUGUUAUGUAAAUUGUGGUUUUGGUUCGUGUAUAAUGUAUAUGUAGUAUAACUAGGUUUUGGUGGGAAAACUGGGAUUUUUAGACGUGUUUGGUGAUUUUUGAUUUCUGCAGUAUGAUCCGUGUUACUUGACAAUAAUCAAGAAAG